GGUAUAUAAGGGAAGAAUAUGGUUGGAACCAAUUGAGUUACCUUGGUUGGUUAGUCUCGGUAGUUAUUUUCUCACUAAAGGACUGGAGUAGUUCGUGUAUAACGCGAUUUUCUUCAGGACUGAGAUUUUAUUCUGAAUUGUAAUCUUCAAAUUGUCAAAAUUUGAAAAACAAAAAUGGCAGCCUUUGCUGAGCCUCAUUUUAGUGCCUAUUCCGCCGGAUGGCAAGGAGGAGCUGGUGGUUCCGGUGGAUUCGGAAACAUGACCGUAGUGGAUAAAGUCCCACCAGAAAUGCUACACAUGGUCGACGCACAUUGGUAUCAAUUUCCUCCAAUGAAUCCACUCUGGCACGCAAUUUUGGGCUUUACAAUUGGUGUAUUAGGACUUGUUUCUUGCAUCGGCAAUGGCUGUGUCAUUUACAUCUUCACCACAACUAAGGCACUCCGAACACCCUCAAAUCUCCUCGUAGUCAAUUUGGCUUUCUCGGACUUCCUGAUGAUGUUUACAAUGGCACCACCAAUGGUGAUCAACUGCUACCACGAGACCUGGACAUAUGGCCCGCUCAUGUGCGAGAUCUAUGCCAUGUUGGGAUCACUCUUUGGCUGUGGCUCAAUUUGGACUAUGACUAUGAUUGCCUUUGACCGAUACAAUGUCAUCGUGAAGGGUUUAUCAGCGAAACCCAUGACCAACAAUGGUGCCCUAUUGCGCAUCAUGGCUAUCUGGGCCUUUGCACUCAUCUGGACCCUUGCACCCAUGUUCGGAUGGAAUCGCUAUGUCCCAGAGGGUAACAUGACCGCCUGUGGCACAGACUAUCUGACCAAGGACUGGAAGAGCCGCUCGUACAUCCUCGUGUACUCUGUCUUUGUCUACUACACUCCUCUGCUCCUCAUCAUCUACUCCUACUUCUUCAUUGUCCAGGCUGUCUCUGCCCACGAAAAGAACAUGAGGGAACAAGCCAAGAAGAUGAAUGUCGCUUCCCUAAGAUCAUCCGAAGCAGCCAACACCAGUGCCGAGUGCAAACUGGCUAAGGUUGCUCUCAUGACCAUUACUCUUUGGUUCUGUGCCUGGACACCCUACCUAAUCAUCAACUACACUGGUGUCUUCGAGAGUGCCCCAAUUAGUCCACUUGCAACUAUCUGGGGAUCACUCUUCGCUAAGGCCAAUGCCGUCUACAAUCCAAUUGUCUACGGUAUCAGCCAUCCUAAAUACAGGGCUGCCCUGUACAAGAAGUUCCCAUCAUUGGCCUGCAAUGAUCCAGCUGAUGAUACAGCUUCUGUGGCCUCUGGAGCUACUGCUGUCUCAGAGGAAAAACCAUCAGCAUAAACAUUGACCUUUAUAAGCAAUAAGUGGCUCUCUCGAUAUAACUUGGCAAACACGAAUGGCAUUGUAAAUAAAUAUAAUUGUUAUUGAUAUAGAGAAUCAUUAUAUUUUCUAUUUCUGUUGAAUAAAUUCUUCAUGCAGCAUUUUAAA